GGAGGGAAAGGGAAAAGCAGAAGCUGACGCGGCGGGUAAAGUUGAAGAGCCAGAAGGCGUAGACUUCAUUAUUGUUGGUUCUUCAACUACGGUAAUAGUCAAGAGGAACUGCCGCCGCCGCUGUUAUGGCCACGUUUUUAAAGAAAAUAAUCUCCACCGCUAAGGCUCCUGCUGCCAUGGGCCCUUACAGUCAAGCAGUGUUGGUAGAUCGGACCUUGUAUAUCGCAGGGCAGCUAGGAAUGGAUCCCUCAAAUGGCCAGCUUGUCGGUGGAGGAGCAAAGGAACAAGCUGAUCAGGCCCUUCAGAAUAUCGGGGAAAUUCUGAAAGCUGCUGACUGUACCUAUGACAAUGUGGUAAAGACUACUGUGCUGAUGGCUGACAUGAAGGAUUUUGAUGACAUUAAUGACAUCUACAGGCAAUUUUUCAAGUGCAACUUUCCAGCCAGAGCAGCUUAUCAGGUUGCUGCUCUUCCAAAAGGUGCCCGUGUUGAGAUUGAAGCUAUUGCUGUCCGAGGAGCCUAGGCUUAUAGAUUUAGUCUCACUUCUUGUAGUAACUCAGUGCUGUCCAUUGGUUUCUCUCCAUAAAGAAGUCUGCUUCAGAACUGAAAAACAGGUCCUCUGGCAAACAUUAACACUUGUAUGCACACUUGUAUGCACACAGGCACGCAUCACUGUGCUGUUAUGGUGGUAAGCCUAUGUAGGAUUUGCUAUGAAUGAAGGGUCAUCACAGAAUUGAAUACAAGUUGCUUAGAACAUCUUGGUUCUUGAAGUAGUAUUUUGAGGGAGGCAGUGAAUGGGACUGUGAGUGAGAUAAUACAGAAAAAAAUAAGUAGAUUCUAGGAACCAAGAUAGCACAAUACCAACCCGAACAGCACCAUUAAAACAAGCAUUAGAAAGAAAAGCUAUAAAGGGUACAGUCAGACUACUAUAUUACGGCUUACUUCAGCUUUUAUCCACUUUGAGAACCGUAGCCUUUGAACUUGUCUGUUCUAACCUAGUUGAUUUACUAAACAAAGAUGCUGCUAACUUAAAACAACUUUGGGGAUGUAUUUUCUAUUUUGUGUUUUCAAAUAAUUUUACCUGCCAGAAACAAAUAAUUUUAAAUAAGUCUUUUUUGGGGAAAGUUAAAUAAUAAACUGACUACAUGAAGUGCCACAUCUAAGACUUUUUCUUUGCUCAAAGUAAUUGCGUGUUUGGGCUCUCCAGGUGGACCUUUCAGUAAUAAUAAUAAUAAAAAAAAUCCCAAAUGAUGGAAGUAGGCAAUGUUACAUACUGGAGAUCCAACUGCAACCUAUAAUUUAGUUGAAGCAGUUCCAGUUUAUCUGUAAACUAGCUAGAUUAAGAUGUUAUGCAAGAACACAGUUUCAAGCUAAAUUAUAUAUUUCAGCCUGGCAAUAGCCUCAAGAGUUAUUCAGUGAGGGUCACUCACAAAUGAAGCCUGGAUGACAUGCUUCAGCCAGAAGUAUGUAAGGAUCUUCACUGACUUGUGGGCUGAUCACACACAUUUAUCUGCAGUUAGUAUGGGGUAUGUAUGAUUACCUUAGUAGUUGUACAUGCACUUCUUAAUGCAUAUAUAAAGAGGCAACAAACACAUGUACAAUUGUAAAUGUAUUUUGUUGGGCUCUUUUAUACAACCGCAUGAUAUGGAAUUGAAACUUCCCUUCCCGGCAAUGGUCUGUAUGUUUCAGUGAGCAGCGCCAAUAAAUGGGUUGAAUUACAGCGCCAUUAACUGUUAUUACAGCUUAUCUCCAAUAUUUUGAAAGCGGAUAAGGGGGGGAAGCAUGAGAGACAUCCUGGAGGUUGACAACAUUGUAAAAGACCUACUCAACCUCUGUGAGUGCCCAAUCAUGAACAUGCAAUAAAUCACUCAUGAUUUCUCUGUUGAGGAAUAGAAAAGCUCUAUUUCUCUAUACUGAGCCAUUUGGGGAUAGGAGAAGAAUGCAUUUCACAUAAGAUCUACUUUAUAUGUUUAUAAUGGUAGUGAAAGCAAAGAGGCUUGCUAUUGUUAGUAAAAGCGUUGCAAAGAAAACAAAGUAUGUACUUGCUCAGAAUACUAGUUGACCAGGAAAACUACAAGUUCUUACUUCUCAUUUUGGCACUGCCUGAUGCCCCAGAAGAAGAGAGAAGUGCCCAGAGGGGAAGGGAUAAAGCCUAUGAAGACCUCUGACCACUUACGGGUAGAAAUUCUGGUUCCUCUCUGAACUGCUAAAUCCCCAUUGCACAAGUAGUGGACCCUGCUGGCACAGUACCACCAGCAGGCAAAGACAUUUUUAUCCAGGCAGGCCUUCAACCUCAUAAGCCAACUAAGUUUUUUAAUCCAUUUAAUGUAUGUAUUGAUGUUUUACCUUCUUGUUUUUAUGUUUUGAUUAUUUUGUAUUUUAGUGUUAGCUGCCUGGAACUCCUUUAGCAGCUAAAGACCACACACUGCAAAGCCUUUAGGUUAGAUCCAGACUUGCCCUGCCAUGAACCGGAGGGCCCCUUCCAUUUGUGGAAGAAACACUGAUUCAGUGGCAGCUCCCUGCUUUGGGGCAUGGGGGGUGCAAAAGGGGAGUGGGUUUCUUUUUCAGAUUUUUCCUUGCUCCUGCAACAUCCCACCGCCAUCUCUCAUGCUUAGCAGUGAGCCCAACUGUCCAGAGCAGCUUUUCCGGGGGAAGAAGGAAAUGGCAAACUUUGUCUGCUAUCCUUCCUCCGGCAGGAGUGUUGUGCAAUUGGAGUUGCACAGAGCAAAUCUGGCUCAAAUCUUUUAAAAGUGAUGAACUAUGACCACACAAUAAAGAAAGCUACCUUUAAAAAUUAAAGGAUGUAUAUCUCACAAAAGAUGUGAAACGCAAAGCAAUACACAAGCUUAUAGGAUGUCAAGGUUGAGAAAUAUCACUAAGGCUCCUAUCCUCUCACUCCUGCAAGAGCUGUAGGACAAAGCAGAUCUCCCUCUUCCUCUGCCUGUGGAUGAUGUGGACUGCUCUUCAAGCCUCCUUGUUGCAAGGAGCAGAAACUGGACCUUUAUUGCUUUGACAGCGGUAAUAGGUUAGAGAGCCAAGGCCCUCCCAUACCCCCAACAAAAGUAUGCCAGCCCUAGAUCUGGUGUUACUUUCCCUCCAGCUGUUCAUCGACGCCUUCUGCCCUGAUGGUGCAAGCAUGGCAAAACAACCUCAGCUUCUCCCUCUCCAGGCCCCAUAAGAUUGCCCUAUUUCAAUUUUAUGCCAUAUCAUACAGAUGCUCCAGAAG